AUGUCAACGACGACCUUGUCCAACGAAAACAACGAAAAGUCUGUGUUAGAGCCCUCUACCACAGACGGCGAGGACGAGAAGCCCGAGGUCGAGGUCGACGGCGGUCUGCGUGCCUGGCUUGUAGUUGCAGGCGCGUUCAUGACCGUCUUCUGCGGGUUCGGGUUAGCAGCUGCAGCUGGGGCAUUCCAGAGCUACUACCGCGCGACCUUGCUAAGCCAGGUUUCGUGGAUUACAUCAGCACAGAGUUUUGGCACUUUUGCACCGGCAAUCUUUACCGGCUCUCUCUUUGACAAGUAUGGACACCGCCCUCUUGUCGCUAUCGGGGGCACGUCACUUGCGCUCGGCUUCUUGCUUCUCAGCUUUAGCACCCGGUACUAUCAGAUCAUUCUCUGUCACGGAAGCCUGAUUGCAUGGGGCUGCAAUCUUUUGUUCAUUUCGCCCAUGUCCAUCGUCGGCCAGUGGUUCUUCAAGCGCCGCGGCUUGGCAUUCUGCGGGUCCUCCAUUGGGUCGAUUGUGUGGCCGUUGGUGAUCGCCAACUUGCCACCCAAGGUUGGCUUUGGCUGGACUUGCAGAGUGCUUGCCCUCAUUGCCAGCGUCUGUGGCGUUUUGUCGUUCUUCCUCAUGAAGACUCGUCUUCCCCCGAAGCCGAAGGGCAAGUUCUUGGAGUGGAGCGCGUUCAAGAAUGUGCAGUACACCCUCAUUGUGCUGUCCUUUUGGACAUGGACGUUCGGUUUCUUCGCGUUCCAGAUCUACAUUGGCACAUAUGGAAGCGUUUUAGCACUGGGCUCAUUCGUGCCCUACCUCUUGAUCAUUGCCAACGGAUCUUCCACCAUCGGUCGCCUUGGGGCUGGAAUUCUCGCUGACCGGAUUGGCGUGUACAACACAAUCGUUAUUGGAAACGCCAUUCUUGCCGUCAUGCUUUGGGUGUGGCUCGCUUGCAAAACACUUGGCUCUUGUGUCGCCCUCUGCGUGAUUGUCGGUAUUGCGUCUGGCGCAUUCGUCAGCCUGCAGAGCCCGGUGGCAAAUAAGACGUCGACUGAUCCGUUGAAAGCUGGCACUUUGCUUGGUCAAGCUGUCUACGUCGCCAACAACACUGCAGACAAGGUGUGGAAGGACCCUGGACUCCGGAAGUCCAUGAUCCACAUUUUGGUUCUGUACACCGCCGUGUUUGCUGUUGGCUACGAUGGCUCCCUUCUUAACGGCUUUCAAGCUCUUCCGGCUUGGAAGGAGCAGUUUGGCAACCCCACUGGCUACGCUCUCGGUCUUAUUGCUGCGUCCUACUAUUUGCCCAAAGUUGUAGUUCCUUUCCUCGUGGCACCCCUGUGCGACCGCUUUGGGCGCAAGUUGAUGCUUCUACCCGCGUCUCUCAUCAUGAUUGCUGGAACUUUGAUCGGUACCUUUGGCCACACGCGCGGAACCCUCAUCGGUUCGCGGGUCCUGCUUGGCACGGGUACCUCCAUGGCGCAGAUCACAGCAGGCGUACUCAUUACUGAGGUUGCGCACCCCCGCAUUCGCCACCUCUCUGGUUCAUUCUUCAUGUGCAUGUACUACGUUGGCUCCAUCUUGGCCUCGUGGCUUACUUUUGGCAUGGUCUAUGUGCACGGCAGCAGCUGGGCGUGGCGUGCACCCUCCCUCAUUCAAGGACUGGGCCCAGCAAUUCUCCUUCUUUCCGUCUUCGGACCCGAGUCGCCCCGCUGGCUUCUCAGUAAGGGAAGGCGAUCCGAGGCUCAUGCUAUCCUGGCAAAGUAUCAUGCCAACGGCCUCAUGGACGACGAGCUCGUGUUGUUCGAGUUGAGUGAGAUCGAAACCCAGAUCGCCUUCGACCGGUCGUUCAAGGACGCCUCGUGGUUUGACUGGUUCAAAACUCCUGUCAAUCGGACACGGUUUGGCAUCGUCUGCCUUGUCGCCUGCUCGGUAAACAUCUGCGGAAACGGCGUUGUCUCGUACUACCUUGUCGCCGUCCUACGCCAGGUCGGUAUCACGAGCUCCCCCGCCCAGGCUGGUAUCAAUGGUGCCAUGUCGGUGUGCAACUUUUUGUCAUCGAUCGUUGGCGCCUCCCUGGUCGAAAGGUUUGGGCGCCGUCCGCUGUUCCUUACCGCCUUGUCCGGCAUGCUUGCGUCCUUUGCCAUUAUCACCGGCCUUUCUGGCGGCUACGCUACCCAUCACCAGUCCGCCGUUGGUACUGCACUUGUCCCCUUCAUCUUCAUUUUCAUGAUGUUCUACUCGUCGGCUCUCACUCCCAUCCCAUACCUCUACAAUCCCGAAAUUCUCCCGACCUCACUCCGCGCCAAGGGCCUCAGUCUCCACACCAUCGUCACAGGUCUCUGUCUCGUAUUCAACAAUUUCGUCAACCCCAUCGCGCUCGCAGCUAUCCAGUGGAAGCUGUACAUUGUGUACGACGUCGUCCUGGUCGUCACACUUGCACUGUUCUACUUCUUUGUGCGGGAGACGCGGGGCCUCACCACGGAAGAGGCGGCCAUGGUUUAUGAGACGGAUGAGGUGAAGGCUGAGGCUCGUGUAUUGAUUGACAUUGGACGCCAGGAGGCUAAAGACGACGCAGCCGACGGUGGCAAGGGGUUCAUCGAGCAGAUUGAACGCAAGGUCUAA